AUGACCGUCUCCGAGAGCAAGGAGCUCAAGGGCCUGAAUCUCAUUGCGGCCCACUCCCACAUUCGCGGCUUGGGCGUUGAUGGCACAACACUGGAGCCCAGAGCGGCAUCUCAGGGUCUAGUGGGACAGGAAAAGGCCAGGAAAGCUGCUGCCGUGAUCCUGCAGAUGAUCAAGGAGAGCAAGAUUGCUGGAAGAGCUGUGUUGAUUGCCGGCCCCCCAAGAGCUCAAGAGGAGGAGGUUGACGUCUCAGCCGACGCUCUGGCGCUGCUCACCAAGAUUGGCCAAGAGGCGGGCCUGCGUUAUGCCAGCAAUCUCAUCACCACUUCCCAGUUGAUCUGCGCCAAGCGCAGGGCGAAGCAGGUCGAAAUUGCCGACGUCCAGAGGAGCUUCUCGCUCUUUUACGACCCAUCUCGCAGCGUCAAGUUCGUGUCCGAGUCGGAGAAGCGCUUGAUCGGCAAUGACGGUGCCGUCGACUUUACCGUCACUAAUGGUCAUGGCGAUGCGAUGGAGUUGAGUUAG